AUGACGUGUAGCAGUCUUUGCCUAAUUGUUUCAUUGGUUGUUGCAUUUGUUCUCCGUGUGGUUUGGACUGAAGAUGACGUCAUAAGAGGAACAUACCAUGCCUGGUGGGUAAUUCUCCCCAUACCUACCAGCGCUGUACGCAGCAUGAUAGAGCACAUUAACACUCUACACGACAUUGUGUUGAUGAAACCAACAUGGACAACAUGGCCUGAAAACAAACAUCCGAUUCUGAUGGAAAUAGGUCGCGAAUUGGAUUGUGGGCUCGUUUUCCCUCCCUGGUUACGAAGUAACUUCCUGGAAUACAAGUUUGAUAUUCCGUUUGUGCAGCGAAAAACAGGCGGUGAUCCUCUUAACUAUAAGGCUGUGUUAUACGAAGACAGCGAAAUCAACAGUAUUUCUUCGGGUGUAGCUUACAAGUUAAAUGCAACCAAAGCAACAAUGAAGAUGACAAAUCACUCGUAUACGAUAUCCAAAAAUGGGGCGAAGUUUUCAUCACAGUUCUCUUCAAAUAUCACAUGGUUUACUGCUUCUGCAAUGCCAGAAUUUCAGGUCUACAAAGACGUUGCAAACCUUACAUGGUUUGGGGGAAGAGGUCUAGAGACAUGUGCCCAACAUCAUUACGACUUCGGUUCUGCCCGGAUACGUCCAGCUGCUGUGCUUAGUAUGACAUUUACCCCCUCUCUAUUGAACAACUUCUUUCCUGACUAUCGUUUCCGUACUAACCCACUUUCUGGAAUUGAUCUCUUUGGUAGUAUUGAGAUUGUGGCCAACUUCACAAUGUCCCUACCACAUUCAUGUAGCUAA